GCUGUAGCACCGCUCUCUUCUUCAUUCCCCAACUUUCCUCGCCUCAACCAAGUCUAGUCCAGUCAACUCACGUCAAGUCCUCUUAGCAAUGGCUGCUGGUGUCGUGGUGAACGCUCAUAACGACGACGCGGAUGACGUCCCGACCGAGGGUUCGCGCACCUACGCUAUCAUCGUGUGUGUCUUCGCCGCUCUGGGUGGUCUCUUCUUCGGCUACGACCAAGGUGUGACCUCGGGUGUCCUCAUCAUGGACUCGUUCAUCUACGACUACUGCGUCGGCUGGCACAACUUCACUCACGAUCAGUGCACCGCCUCCACGUCCGAACUGCCGUCCGAGUGGGCCGACUUCACUGUGUGGUACAACAUGGCGUACAACCUGGGCUGUCUCGCAGGCGCCUUCAUCGGCGGUAUCGUCGCUGACAAGCUUGGCCGUCGCGCCACCAUCUUCUGUGCCGGUCUGCUCUUCUGCAUCGGCACGUCGUGGGUUUGUUUCAACAAGGCCCAGGAACACGGUCUCAUGUACAUCGCUCGUGUGGUUCAGGGCUUUGGCGUGGGUAACUCGUCGUUCUCACUGCCUCUGUUUGGUGCCGAGAUGGCCCCCAAGGAGUUGCGUGGUCUGCUCUCUGGUUUCAUGCAGAUGACUGUUGUGACGGGUCUCUUCCUGGCCAACGUCGUUAACAUCAUCGUGGAGAACCGGGACCGCGGUUGGCGUACCACCAACGGUGUAGCCAUGGCUGCCCCGAUCGUUGUCAUGCUCGGCAUCUUCUUCGUGCCGGAGAGUCCUCGCUGGACGUACUUGCACAAGGGCAAGGAGGAGGCGGAGCGCGUGCUCAAGCGUCUCCGUCAGACCGACAACGUCGGCCACGAGCUGCAGGUGAUCGGUGACCAAGUUGACGAGGAGUUGGCGGCUCAAAAGGGUCUGGCUGAGCUGCUCGAGCCGUCUAUCUUCAAGCGUGUGGCUAUUGCGAUGAUGCUCCAGGUACUGCAGCAAGCCACGGGUAUCAACCCCAUCUUCAGCUACGGUGCAUUGAUCUUCAAGGACAUCACCGACGCCGGUAUCUACUCGGCCUUUUUCCUUUCCGGUGUCAACUUUCUGAGUACCAUCCCGGCCAUGCGUUGGGUGGAUACAACUGGUCGUCGCAAGUUGCUACUGAUCGGUGCCGUCGGUAUGGUCACUGGUCACCUGUUCGCCGCUAUCCUAUUCACCGCUAUCUGUGAUGGCAACGUCGAUAAUGCUGGUUGUCCUAAGGUGGGUGGCUGGUUUAUCUGCGUUGGCUCGGCCUUCUUCGUCUUCAACUUCGCCAUCUCAUGGGGACCUGUGUGCUGGAUUUACCCGGCCGAGAUCUUCCCGUUAAGCGUACGCGCUACCGGUGUGACGCUGUCGACGGCUGCCAAUUGGGCCAUGGGUGCUGUCAUGACGGAGGUGGUCAAGCUCUUCCCGCACUUGAACAUCAACGGUGUGUUCUUCCUGUUCGCAGGUCUGUGCUGCAUCUGCGGCGUGUUCGUGUACUUCUUCUGUCCGGAAACCAAGGGCAUCAUGCUGGAGGAUAUCGAGGCGCUCUUCGACAAGAGCAAAGCCAAGUCGCCCCACUUCGUCGAAGUCAAGUCCCCCAUCGAGAACGCGUAGAAGGUGACUACAAGUUAUGCACAAAAGCAUCCUUUCGAUACAUGCAGCACAGUCGAGUCUAUCUCUUCCUUUGUUUCGUAACGAUAUGUUAAUGAAUUUGAACUUUGUGCUUUACAA